AUGAAUACUUUAAUGAAUAUAUCGUCAGUAAUAUACUCGCCAAAUACGUGGUUACCAGUCGAUGUUACAUGGGAUCAUUUAAACAAGUAUAUCGAUAAUACAAUUUUUAUAUAUUCAUUACCGAUAGCCGUAAUUCUGAUGAUAAUGAAAUAUUUUUUAGAAAGAUGUUGCUUCGUAUAUUUUGGUAAAUGUCUUGGUAUAAAUGAUACGAAAGUAAAAAUGGUACCGCCAAAUGAAAUAUUGGAGAAAGCUUACAUCAAUCAAAAAUUACAAGAGAAACAGAUAUUAUCAUUGGCUAAACAAUUGGAUUUAUCUGAACGACAAAUUAAAAAAUGGAUUAGAAUUAGAUGUUCUCAAAAUAAAUCAUCCAAGUUGAGAAAAUUUUGCGAAAGUGGCUGGAGAUGUUUCUAUUAUACAUGUUCAUUCUCAUACGGACUUAUUAUUUUAUGGAAUAAACCAUGGUUAUGGGAUAUAAAUCAUUGUUAUUACAACUAUCCAAAUCAUGUAGUGACCAAUGACAUAUGGUGGUAUUACGCAAUAUCUAUUGGAUUUUACCUAUUGUCGAGUAUUUCUCAAUUCUUUGAUGUAAAAACAAAAGAUUUUUGGCAAAUAUUUAUUCAUCACAUGAUCACUAAUCUAUUAUUGUACAUUUCGUGGCUCAUGAAUUGGAUACGGAUUGGCUCAUUAAUUUUAUUAUUACAUGAUUCUUCUGAAAUAUUCUUAGAAAUGGCAAAAAUGACAAAUUAUGCUAAUUAUCAACGAACUUGCGAUUUAUUAUUUAUUAUUUUCACAAUAAUAUGGAUUGUCACACGUAUUUGUAUUUUUCCUUUUUGGAUAAUUCACAGUGCAAUUACUGAAGUGUCCAAACUUAUGAUAAAUCUAUCAUUCUAUAUUUUUAGUACAUUAUUGAGUCUAUUAUUUGUCCUACAUGUAAUUUGGACUUGUGUUAUUAUUAGGAUCGCAUACAAUGCUUUCUAUGUUGGUCAGGUUGAAGGUGAUAUAAGAAGUGAAAGCGACGAAAGUGAUAUAGAAAAUUUUGACAAUUAUACAAUUAGAAAUGAUGCAACAAGUUAUACUGAAAAACGAAGUCAUAGAAAACAAACGCAUUAA